AUGCCGCUCUCAGACCCUACCCCUGAGGCUGCAGCUCCUUCAUCCCCUGUGAGGGAUCUUCAGAUUAUGGAUGACACCCAGGCAGUAGCGCUGCAGCGCUCUGUCUCUGCCGCAAUUUCUGCUGCGAUGGACUCAAUGUCCUCUGUGCUGUCGCAGUCGAUAGCACAGGCACUGGCUGGCCACCCUGCUUCAGGGCCUGUGCAGCCUGCGGCUCCUUUAGCUCAGCAACCUCCAGUUGUGAACCCUCCUGUGUCACAGGACCAAUUGACUGGUGCGCCUCCGGCCACCCAUGAACACGCGCAUAGAUCGCGUAAAAGGGCCUAUCCACGCCAGGCAGAACGGGCGCGGUCUUGGAAAAGCGCUAGAGCGCAUUUGAUGAGUGAUUCUGACGCCGAGCUUGGGUCAGAUGAGGAGGCAUUUGCUGGAGCUAGUGCAGGUUCAGAGGAAGAGGCUCAUUCGGGGCCCAGUAACGCCCCUUGCCCCACCCCUUCUACUUCCCAAGUGAAGGAUGUCUCUUCUGUAACCGUUCCUGCAUCUUCCCUUAUUGACCCGUUGGGAGAACCCAUGUUUGACCCUGACGUCCUCCACCAUCCCAGAUCGGCGGAAUGGCUUCCUGCAGAUCACGUGGGGAAAUAUCUGGAGUAUUGGGUCCGCCGCCCCCUUAGUAAGGAGGCGCGCAAUAAGAUGAGGGCUGAAUGCCCCAGGCCUAUCGUGCCUAACAAGGUGUGUGACACACCCGUGGUUGACCCCAAAGUCACCCAAUUUCUGGCCAAGUCGGGUUGGAACCCCCGCAAGGGUCUGGACUCAGCUCUCCGUAGCUGUCAAGAUAAGCUCCUGGAUAUCUUUGGUCCCCUGGCCAAGUUGUUUGAAUUGGCGGAGAGCGCCAGAUCGGAUGGGUCCCAGAUUGACCCGGAAGAGAUGAGGGGCUGGGUUCAGCGUGCGAUCUGCAUCGCUGGGAAUACCAACACAUCUCUGUCAAUAGAGAGACGCAAGUCUAUCCUUUUUAAGGUGGAUCCCAAAUUGGCCAACCUGGCUCUUACUGAGUCCGGCGCAGACGCCCAGGGUCAUUUGUUCGGCGACUCCUUUAUUAAGGAUCUGAGCCGCUUCCCCGUAAUGCGGGCAGAGGCUCCUACCAUCAACGUCCCGCAUUUCAGGAACAGAAGUUCCCAUCCCCUUUCUUCCCGGCCAGAGGUGGACAAGGGCGUGGCAGAUCCUAUCGAGGAAAUCAAUCUUCACGACGCCCUUACGGUAAGUCCUCCCCCCUCGGGGGAUUCUUUGGUUCAUUGCAUAGGGGGCAGACUCCGUCGUUUUUCCCCCGCUUGGGCGGAGAUAACGUCCGACCCUUGGGUGUUGUCCACGGUGGAAGGUUUCCACGUGGAACUGGUGGGAUCUCCAGACCUCAUUGCCCCACCUCCCACCUCCCGUUUCUCCCACCCCGGCACCGCCCAGGUGGAUCUGGAGCUCCUUUCCCUCUACCACAAGCGGGCCAUCGAAAGGGCCCCGCGGGGUUCACGGGGGGUGCUCAGCUCCAUGUUCUUGGUCCAGAAGAAGGGGGGUCAGAUGCGCCCGGUCAUCAACCUGCGGGCUCUGAAUGCGAUUGUCCGGUAUCGCCACUUCAAGAUGGAGGGCAUCCAUCUACUUCGGGAUCUUCUCCUGCCGGGCGACUGGUUUGUGAAGCUGGACCUCAAGGACGCUUACUUGACGGUUCCUAUUGCCGCUCCUUCCAGGGACUUACUGCGUUUCCUGUGGAACGGGGAGAUCUGGCGAUUCACGUGUCUCCCGUUUGGCCUGUCCUCGGCCCCGUGGUGUUUUACGAAGUUGAUGCGUCCGGUAGUGGCAUGGCUCCGCAGUCGCGGGGUCCGCCUCAUAAUCUACCUGGACGACAUGCUUCUCAUGCAUCAAUCGGCCCCGACCUUGCUGGUCCAUCUGCGCUGGACGACGGACCUGCUCUCCCGUCUUGGGUUCCUGAUCAACCACGAGAAAUCGUGUUUGACCCCGUCUCAGAGGAUGGAGUUCUUGGGCUUUACGGUGGACUCCGUACUGACCUCCCUCUCUCUACCCACGUCGAAAUUAGUCUCCAUUCGCAAGGAACUCAGACGUGCCCUCGCCAUACCGCAAUUAUCCCUACGCCAUUUGGCCAGGAUCAUCGGCCUCCUUGCCUCCUCGAUCCAAGCGGUGUUCCCGGCCCCUCUUCAUUACAGGGCUCUUCAACGGUUGAAGAUCGCACACCUCCGUGCUGGCGCUUCCUUCGCAGACACUCUGAUCCUGGACCCAGAAUCAAGGGAGGAGCUCGUGUGGUGGAUCGACAACCUGAGGGCGUGGAACGGCAGGGCGAUUUUCGGUCUCCAGCCAGAACUCACGAUCGAGUCAGACGCCAGUCUCCACGGCUGGGGGGCCCACUGCAAUGGAAUCUCCACGGGCGGUCGGUGGUCUGUGGACGAGACUCGGCUGCAUAUCAACGCGUUGGAGCUCCUGGCCGGUUCGUUUGCCAUUCGGAGUUUCACCAGUGGUAUGGCUCACGCGUGCAUUCGGUUGCGGAUGGACAAUGUCUCUGCCGUGCGAUACAUCAACCGAUUGGGAGGAACACGCUCGGCGACUUUGGCCCGGUUGGCGAAGGACUUCUGGUCGUUUUGUCUCUCCCGGGAGGUCAUGGUUCAGGCGGAAUAUCUCCCUGGCCUUCACAACGGCCGAGCCGAUUGGGGCUCUCGAUACCUGAAGGACAGCAGCGAUUGGAUGCUGGCGCCAGAGACCUUCUCCGUGUUGUCCGGAUACUGGGGUCCGUUUGGGAUCGACCUGUUUGCCUCACGCCUCAAUACCCAACUCCCGCGUUUUUUCAGCUGGCGUCCGGAUCCGGCGGCGGAGGCAGUGGACGCGUUUCUCCAGUCCUGGUCCGGGUUCCUGAUGUACGCAUUUCCCCCGUUCGCGAUGAUCCCGAGGAUGCUGUUGCAGGUGCGUCGUCAGCUGGCCGAGUUGGUGGUGGUGGUCCCCUUUUGGGGGACUCAGGCUUGGUUCCCGUCUCUCCUGGGUCUCCUGAUCGAUGUUCCUCUUCUUCUUCCGUCUCGGGCGGAUCUCCUCCAGGACCCUCAGGGUUUUCACCACCCUCUUCUGUCGGACGGGUCCCUGCGCCUGGUAGCAUGCCGAAUCUCAGGACGCCUGGAGAGGUCGUCGAUAUUUCUGAAGCAACUAGACGCCUUUUGGACAACGCGUGGGCUCCCGGCACCAGAAAAUCUUAUCGGGCAGCCUGGCGAUCUUGGGCUGUUUGGUGCGUGGAACGGGACUUGGAUCCCGUUUCGGCCCCUGUGAUUCAUCUUUUGGACUUUCUUACUUCUCUUUUCGAGGCGGGGAAGGCCUAUCGGACGAUUAAUUUAUUCAGGUCCGCGAUUUCGUCCACGCAUCGGGGUUUUGAGGGCGUCCCUGCGGGACAGCAUCCUUCUGUGUGCCGUUUGCUUCGCGGUUCCCGCAUGUCUCGUCCUCCCCGGCCUCGCUUCACCACGACCUGGGACGUGUCGGUCGUCUUGUCCUUUUUGUCCAACUGGCCGGGUAACCCUGAUCUCACUUUGAGGCAGUUGUCGGCCAAGUUAUUGGUUCUUUUUUGCCUUGUUUCCUGCAAGCGGGUUUCCGAUGUUCGAGCGCUUGAUCACGACGCCAGGUCCUUUACUCCGGAGGGGGUCACCUUCAAUAUUUCCAGACGUACGAAGACCAACAUUAGGUCGGUGUCUUAUCCGUCUUUUCCUUCUUCGCCGGCUCUUUGCCCGGUGGCUUGUUUGAAGGAGUACGAGUCCCGGACGCGUGCUUACCGGUCGUCUUCGGUUCCUCAGCUUUUCUUGUCCAUUCGGCAUCCGUUUGGUCCUGUCUCCAGCCCUACUUUGGCUCGCUGGAUGAAGUGGGUUAUGUCGUUGGCAGGAAUUGAUACUUCCAUAUUUACUGCUCAUUCCGCUAGAGGCGCGUCGGCUACCGCUUUGGCUGUUUCGGGUGCUCGUUUGGAGGAUAUCCUACGUCUGGCGGACUGGUCUUCGGCGUCAACAUUCAGGGAGUAUUAUUUUAGGCCGCCUCCUCAUUUGUUUUCUGCGGUUAUUGCUCAACUUUAAACUUAGCAAUAGGAGCCUCCGUGUCUUGCUGUAAAACUAGGUGAUUUUCCUAGUCUAUGACGGAAAGUCAUGGUUUUAUUAAAGACACGGAGGCGAGUAUUGCCCGCCCUGGGGUUCCCUCCCUUACUAUGUAUUUCGGUGGUUUACAGUAUGAUUUGCAUGCUAUGUAUGCUGUGUCAAUUCGAGAUGUUUAUUCUGGCGGAAUCGCGUUUGACUUGCGAUGUUUUAUUCUGCCCAUUUCUUAACCUGUCUAUUGCUUUCAGGAGGAAGUUGAUUCGCUUCGGGUCUCCAUUGACCUAUUCCAGUUAUAGCCAUGUUGGCUUUCGUUGAAAAGAAGAUCCGGUGAUCCAAGUUGAAGGUUCCACGAAGUAUGGACUUCUGCGUUGCUCCCGGUUUCCGGAGGUGUUAGCCAUGUUGGCUUGAGUUCUACGGCGUGAUGGACCGGUUGUUUAUCAUUCUCGGGUCCAGUUCCAGUUUCCGGUUUCGGUUCCAGUUCCGGUUAUGAAGUUGGUGUUUCGGUUCCAAAGAAAGAGGAAGUUACUAAGAGGACACUGCUUAUUAUAGGAUCUGAGAGGGGUGGAUCCUUUAUUGUUAUGAUUAUGUAAAUUUCUUCUUUGCUGCUAUUGGUGGAAAGUAAAGAAGGAGA